AUCGAACAUGGGUGGGAUGAUUGGUAAAUCUGUAACGCGAAAUUCCACUUAUUCUCCCGUUUUCCACCCACAGCCACGGAAUUCAGUCAAUCAAUUGCUAACUCGGCUAUGAUUGCACUAUAGUACGCGUAUGUGGGGUCAGGAACAGGGCUGUGGGAGGACUACAACAGCCCUGAUGGGGUUCUUGAUGCCCUCAUCCUUGCUUUUAUUGCAUCUGCACUACUUUAAUGCCCGUCAGCAACACGAUAUAUCGAGUUUCAUAUCUUGCUUAGACCCCAGCAGGGCUGAUACUACGGCAGAUCCUUGGAAGGGAUCAUCAUAAUUAGCAUGAUUGUGAUCUUAGGUCUGCCCUGGAUGGGGCUGCCCUGGAACUCCACAGGCCUUCCACUGGCCUUCUAUCCAUAAACUUCCUUUGGGCUUUUGUGACUUGACUGUUUGUUGUGUUGACAUUUACAGAUGCGGAAACAUUGAGCUGGACUGUUUCUGCCCUGUAUUUCUCAGCUCUGAAUAAAGAUGGCGACUCUUGAUACUCUUACUCCAAGCGGAGAUCAAUCAAGCUUUAAGGCUCUGCCACAGCCUCCGUCCGGCAUCGUCCGUGACCAAACAUCGUCGUUUCAGUCGCAAACACCGGAAGCUCCGGACGACGACGAUGAGAUGCCCCUUCCAAGGCCUGAUUCUCUCCUUGCAAUGGUGCCUGACCGUGCACCGCCACGGAAAUCUGUGCUGCUCGAGCAUGUGAGGAAACCAUCUGCUAGUGGUUCUUCAGUGUACUCUACACAUACAGUCGGGACAAUUGGGGACCGUCGUAGCUGGACAAACUCUCCGGAACGAAGGGAAUCCGCAAGCUCUCUCGUCUGGGAAGAGGAAGAGGCCCAUACCAAACCCGUGUCUGACUCCCCAGUGCUGGGAACUAAGCAGGAAGACCACUUUGAGUUGGAGGAUAUUCUCAAAUCGACACAGAUAAUGCACUCCAAUUCCAUCUCCAGUACAACGUCAUCGGGACGACCAGAACUUUGGCGUCGUAGGUCCCAAAGAAGUGACCGAAGCGUCAAAAUUACCGAUUUGAAGUUGGCAAAUAGUAAUGGCUUCACUGCAAGCCAGUCUUUACGGCAAACAGAGGCGGCGUCUGAUGCUCCUCAAAUUCCUCUCCCAGCAGUUCCAAGGAAAGCACCCCAUCGACCCGCAGUAGGGCUCCCUUCACGGCCGACACAAUUUAUCAAUGAGAAGAGCAUGCAGUCAAAUGCACAGCCUGAACAAGACGCACGACAAUACAGUCAUCCCACGACGCAGUAUUCACAACUUGCGACGGGACUGGCUCCAUACAACCUGCCGGCGAUGCAAAGUCAGGACAACCUAGAACAAACACAGCCUUUCGCAACAAAGCAGAGCGUGAGGAAGCCGGUCGCUCUCCGUCCAGCUCCGCCACAGCCAGAAAAGCCAGAAACUAUGGGCGCACGGCUCUCGAACUUUAAGAACAAGUUUCGCUCCACGGAGCAACUUAACCAACAUAGGGAUAUCCAGACACCAGGCCACACUCCACAAGGAUCUCUUGAUACUGUUAGCCCCAAGCCUACUGGCUUGAUGGGUAUAUUCCGUGGCACAGAGGAUGAGAGCGUGCCAGCUCCUUCAGAGACCAAAGGGAGUGGCUCUGCAUUCUCAAAGAUAAAGCACAAACUUCGCUCAUCCGAUGCAGAAGAUAACUCGUCCCCAGACCUCUCAUCGCCAGAAGGGUCAGGCUGGAACCUGUCGAAGCUGAAGAACAAGCUUCGCAACUCCGGAAACGCAGAUGAAGCUGCAGCAUCUACACCAACACGCACCCAGCCAACAAUCACCCGGCUCCCUACCCCCGACUACCAAAAGCAGGAUCCAGCACCCGCACCCCUGACACCACUCAUCCACUCCCCCUACUCCCCCCAAAUCUCCCCCGACGACACACAAUCCCGCCCCGGUUCCGGCCAUGGCAGUCGCCCACCCAGUCGCGGGAGACAAUUCUCCUUCUCGCAACGCCCGAAACUUCCACCAACGGCUGCAUCGACAUCAAGCAUCCAAACCAUCGCAAAUGCAUCCAUCAUCGACGGGAAAACAUCCCCAGUCGACCCGGCACAAGCACACAUCCAUCCCCUCCUCCGCACAAAGACCAGUCCCUCCGCCACCGACCUAACUCUACCCACACCCCCUCUCCUCCGCAUCAAGACCAGCCCCUCCGCCACCGACCUAAAUCUACGCAUGGUCUCCGCGGCACCUCCGCUACCACAACCCCCCACCAUCGCCGUCUCAAGCCCCCGCUUCUCUCCCCCAGCUACACGCGCUUCUCCCCCAGCUACACGCUCCUCUCCCCCUGCCACACGCGAACCACCCCGCGGUCGUGCAUCCAGCCCCAAGCCACUCAGCCCCAUCGUCACCGGCGCUGCCAAAACCGGUGCCCCGGGCUCCAAACCUCUCAGCCCUGUUACCACGCGCCAACCACCCAGCCCCUCGACCCUCAGCCCCGCCUCCGAAAGCGCAUACAAACUCCAAGUCCCCGGAGAGAUCAGCAAGCGCAUGACCACGAUCCUGGAGUCGUCUCCCUUCCUCCAAAUCGCGUCUACGGACCCUGAUGACGAAGAAGUGUACCCGGCGCCCGCGCUUGCGGAGACUCAGGUGAGGUGUUAUCAGGCACAUCGGGUGAUGCAUCGGAGCAGGAAUGAUGUGUAUGCGCUUGCGUGUGGAGUUUGUGGGGUUAAGGAUCGCGAGGGGAGGUGGUGUUGUGCGUGGUGUGCGGUGAGGUGCUGUGAGGGGUGUUUGGACAAGGUUAAGGGGGAGGGGUUGGCUGGGGAGAAGGUUAUUGGGGGUGGAGAGACUGUUGGGAGGGCGAUGGUGAGUGUUUGAGAUGAACAACGUGUCGAGAUUUUAAGGGAGGCACUAGGUGCGAUGACGAAAAUAUAGAAGGGGGUAGACUGGCGUUUUGUGUUGUUUUUUGGGAAAGGAGGGGAUUGGGUCAGGCGGAAAAUGGAAAAGGUGGACAGGUUGGAACAAACGGGGGGUGGCUUUGCUGUAUAUACGGAAUGCCCUCGGCCUGGCGCGGAGCGAGCAAUGAUUUGUAUGAUACAUGAGCUAUAUAUAUAGAUAUACAUAUCGAUGACUUUUGAAACAAUUCAUAAGCUAUAUCUCUAAGUUUGUAUCUGAGUCGCAUAUAAGGGAAGCGACGACCGACUCGAGAAGGAAAGAGCGACCGACUCUAGAGGGAAGGAGCGUUCCUUCCUACUAGAGCUUUACAGUUAAAAGGAGAAGGAACGACCGUGGGUAGCCAUAUUUUUUAUUUUUCGUUCCUUCCUUAUAUGGAUGAAAGGUUUACAUUUUAGAUUUAUACGGUGCUGCCUGGAUGAAGAUGAGGGGAUUGUUUUAUACCACUACGUAUCACAUUGCAACAUGCAAUAGGCUCGAAUGGUGGCCAACAAAAUAAAUUGGUGAAGCUACACUUGUUUCGACCAACAGCCUCAUCAUCUUCAAAGGCCAGCGUAAAAUAUGAGUGGCGGAUAGCAAUGCUAAAUAACUCCC